AUGGGGUCGAAGCUGGGGGGUUGGUGGACCGGCGUAAAGGAAGUGGAGCUUCGCAACCAACGUUUCAUCGUGGACCAGCCUCCGCCAUUCAACACACAUAUGAUGGCAAAAUGGAAGCAAACAUAUGCGUACGUGACCGUGAUGAUGCGGAUGGCAGUCAUCUUAGACAUGACUCUCGACCAGUUCAAGAUGGACAUGGAAGCCGUGUUGCAAGAAGAGAUGUUAGCAGCCCAGGAAGAGGCGGCCAAAGAGAAAUGUCCCGGAAGCGGCGAGCACAGCGGCCAAUCCUCCGCGGAUCAUAGCGCAAAACACUCCGCCGACAAACCCAAGAGAGGGCGGAACCCCAUCUGCGACGCUCUACGCUUCAAGUGCCCCGGUCCCCUAAAACACGAUGACGUAGCUAGCGUGCAGCUGGAGGACCUCGAGGCUCCUCCAGACCUUCCUCCGGCGGACGUCUGCCCACUGAAGAAGCGCAUCCGAUGGACCUGCGUGCCUCCGCCCUUGAGCAUGGACGAAAUCGACAUGGCAGUCGGCAACAGCCUAGAAAUGGAAAUACAGCAGAACGUCAACACCCUGAACACCGAGUGGACUCCCAAGUACUGCUAUGGAACUAGAAAAAUGGAAAAGGAUUCGUUCGAGUGCUUUUUCGGCCAGCUGAAAAUCGCCAAAAGGAAGGAAAAGGAGGCAGCUAAAGGUCAUGCAGACUGUAACGAAAAAAAGUGUCCACAUCAUAGCGAAGGACAUCACGUCGAUGCGCCGUGUCCUGAUAAAACGUGUCCGAUGCAUAACAAGCAAAAAUCUGCUGAUGGUAGACAAUCCGAAGAGGAUGAAAUACCACCUUGUGAUCCUCGACGGAAAGAAAAGCCGAAAGACGUGGAGUGGGUUGUGUUCGGAAAGAAGCCUGCAGAGUCCGAGGAGAGUUUGGUAGACGUAGAUGACCCACGAUUCGAUGAAUGGUGCCACGUCGAAAAGUCUCUAAUGCAGCUCAAGGACGAAGUCCAGACGAACGCGUGGUGGCAAAAGUUGCACGACGAUCUGCCGGAUGUGCAGGAGUGGAACAAAUUCCUCAAAGAGCGUUCCCGUCAAGACAACGUCCCAAAACUCCGCUGGAUCUCCACCAUCUGGAUCUACGCAGAGUGCUACCUGUUCCGGCGAAUACACCAAAUCUUCCGCUUGACCGAAUCUGUCAAGGAUUACGAUCCAUUCCGCAGGAUGAAAAUUAAAAGUUUGCUCCAGUUGCUAGAUGGUAUGCAUAUGGCCGCAUCCGACUUCUACAGAGUGAUCGACCCUCAGAAUAAUCCAACGAUAAAAAACAGGGACGCUCCAGAAUACCUCAAAAUGUUCCUUUCCUUGUCCUUGUGGGGUAACAGAACUGAUCUCCUGAAGGGCGGACCUACAAGCCCCAUGACAGACUUCACAGGCGGCAAUCCCCUUAUUCGCGUCCUAACAUUCUCCCCUUCCAUCCUCGUCAACGAAAUGGACGUGGUUUGGCAACUCCUGACGAGCAAAGAUGUCGGGGCUGAGGUUCGAGUAGACAUUGUUACUGACAAUGCCGGCUUCGAACUCUUUGCUGAUUUUCUGCUGGCGGACUUUCUCGUCACCUACCGUCUUGCAGCUACAGUGCAUUUCCACGUAAAGAGUCGGAAGAAAUCGGUUCCUUUGGCGAAGUUGGCGGAGCGGUGGUACGACUAUCUCGCCUGCGGAAUAUUUGUGUUGAAGGCGGACUACUUUUGGACUCUGCCGUUCGACUACAACGAUAUGCGUUGUUCAAUGGCCGGCGCUCCCCUGUACUCAGAUCUCAUUUACUCUACUCUUAUCAUAUUUAAGGGAGAUCUAAACUACCGCAAGUUAGUAGGAGAUAUUAAUUGGGAUCCACUGACGCCUUUCAAAUUGGCUCUGCGAAGCUUUCGACCAACAAAUAUUAUUGCGAUGCGUACCUACAAAAGCGACGUGUCCUGUGGAGUCCCAGAGUAUGCAUAUCUGUUCUACCCUGGCAUGCCUAAGAGCUGGAUGCUGACAGGAAAGGUAGCACUUGUGCAAUACGCCCAAAAGAGGCACUGUGUACCGGGGUUACCACAUCCUCCAUAA